AGGUUUGAAAUGAAUGGAAACCCCUAAAAACCAUAAACUCCACAAACACACCGCUCUUUAAAAAGCCUUUGCCUCAAAAAUCCCUCUCUCCGCUCUUUCUUCACGUAACAGAAAAAUUAGAACCAAAUCAGAAGCAACUGCAAAUCAAAAGAGAGAUAAGGAAUUUGGAGAAGAAAAAUAAAUCUGUUAUGUAAUGCAUCAGAAGAAAUCAGAAGUUCAAAUCGGAAAAGAAAGCAUCGGCAUCUCUUCCGAUUUUAAUCCUCUUCUUCAUUUUCUUUCUUCUGCUUCUUCUUCUCCUGAUCAGCACAAUAACAAUGAUAAUAGUAAUAAUAAUACUAAUAAAUCAAUUCCCACUUCCCCUCAAUUUCUGAUUCAAUCUUCAACUAUCUAUAAUCAUAAUCAUAAUCACGAUGACCCCAUUACUCCUUCUGCUUCUUCUUCUUCUUCAUCAACCCCUUAUAAAAGACCUCUUUUGACCCAUCAUCGUCCUCACCCUGCUUCUUCUUCUCUCUCUAAAUCCCCUUCAAUUUAUCACUUCUCUACUGCCCAACACAAUCAAACCCUUUUUUCUGUUUCUCUCGCCGCCGCCUUUGGUUUCCUCCGCCGUUUCAACCACGUUCGCCGUCUCCGUAUUCAUCUUCGUUUGAUCCUAUUAUUAUCUCUCCCAUUUUUCUAUUUCUUGGUUUCACAUCCAAGCCACUCUUUUCUUCUUGAUUUUCUAUCAGCUUUUGCUUUCUCUGCUGCUUUGUUGUUCUCUUUAAAUCUAGCCCUCCCUCGUCUCCCUUCAAUCCGUUUGUUUUUGGCUCGUUCUUUCCCAAUUAAGCUCAAAUCUAAUUCUAACAUAACUAGACCCCCUUUCCCCGUGUUUUGGUCAAUUGGGUCUAGAACAAAAUCGGAAAAAAGAGCGAAUUCGGGAUGUUGGGUUCAGGUCUAUAGCAACGGAGACGUAUAUGAGGGUGAGUUUCAUAAGGGGAAGUGCUCGGGGAGUGGGGUCUAUUACUAUUACAUGAGUGGGAGAUAUGAAGGGGAUUGGGUUGAUGGUAAAUAUGAUGGCUAUGGAGUCGAAACUUGGGCUAGAGGGAGCAGGUAUAGAGGCCAAUAUAGGCAAGGUCUUAGGCAUGGAUUUGGUGUCUAUAGAUUUUACACGGGAGAUGUUUAUGCUGGAGAAUGGUCUAAUGGACAGAGUCAUGGGUGUGGAGUUCAUACUUGUGAGGAUGGCAGUCGCUAUGUUGGCGAAUUCAAAUGGGCUGUCAAGCAUGGCCUCGGCCACUACCAUUUCAGAAAUGGGGACACAUAUGCUGGAGAAUAUUUUGCGGACAAGAUGCAUGGCUUUGGUGUCUAUCUUUUUGCAAAUGGACAUAGAUAUGAGGGAGCUUGGCAUGAAGGUAGAAGGCAGGGCCUUGGAAUGUACACCUUUAGAAAUGGCGAGACUCAAUCUGGUCACUGGCAGAAUGGAAUUCUUGAUGUCCCAAGUACACAGAAUACCACAUAUCCUGUAUCUCCUGUUGCUGUUUAUCACUCCAAAGUACUCAACGCAGUGCAGGAAGCACGACGAGCGGCAGAAAGGGCAUAUGAUGUGGCAAAAGUGGAUGAACGGGUGAAUAGGGCUGUAGCAGCGGCUAAUAGGGCAGCUAACGCAGCAAGAGUAGCAGCAGUCAAGGCUGUACACAAACAGAUGAAUCAUAAUAAUAACAAUGACAACAUACCAAUUCCAAUUGUGUGAGCGACUCCCUUUGCAGAUCAUUAAUUAGAGAAAACAUAAGACGGCAGUGAGAGGUUAAUGGCUUAUGUGAUCUUACUUUUCAAUAGCUUCACACUUUGGACAGCGAUCUUCUCCUCAGCCUUUUCCAUUCUUAAAGAGGCUGGAAAGAGAACAUGCCAGCAUGGAUUCCAUGCUGGGGUGGAGGAAGAUUGGUUAGUUUGUUUUCUUUGACGUGCGCCAGCCAAGAAAGAGAAGGGGAUGCCAGUAUUAUAUUUGUUUAUUCUUCUUUUAUCUUACUCGGUAGGUUUUUGUAAAGAUGAGGUAGAUGUAAUGUAAGUAAUGCUGGUCCUAAGGUGAAACCUUAUUCCGGCGGUGUUGUAUGUGAUGAACUAAUUGGUACUUUUAAGUGAGAGUAUAGUGAUGUCGUCGUCCAGUUGUGCUGGGAUGAAGCCAUGCUUCAUUGAACACUGCACAUCAGUGCUGAGGAAAGAGAAAGCCAUACAGGUCGAGCUUCAUUUGUAGUCACGGUUGCAUUAGCAUGGACGUUGGUUUUUUUUU